UCUCACAUUUUUUUUUAAAUCACUUUCACUUCACGCAAUUUUAAGCUUUCGUUUCAGUUCACGCUCUUUGUUGAAAAACUUCAUACUACAGAUCGGAAAAACUCAAUUCUCUUCUACAAUAAUGUCUCCAGUGCCUGCUCUCAGUCCUGCUGAUGCCGAGAAGCUAGCUAAUCUCAAAUCUGCUGUUUCCAGCCUUACUCAAAUCAGUGAUAAUGAGAAAUCUGGAUUUCUUAACCUUGUCACUCGCUACCUAAGUGGUGAGGCACAACAUGUCGAGUGGAGUAAGAUCCAGACGCCAACUGAUGACGUGGUGGUGCCUUAUGACAAGUUAGCACCUCUCUCUGAAGAUCCCGCGGAAACAAAGAAGCUCUUAGACAAACUUGUUGUCCUGAAGCUCAAUGGAGGCUUGGGAACAACAAUGGGGUGCACCGGUCCCAAAUCAGUUAUUGAAGUUCGUAAUGGUUUGACAUUCCUUGAUUUGAUUGUCAAACAAAUUGAGGCUCUCAAUACCAAGUAUGGAUGCACUGUUCCCCUGCUUUUGAUGAAUUCAUUCAACACCCAUGAUGAUACAGCAAAGAUUGUAGAAAAAUAUUCAAACUCAAACAUUGAGAUUCACACAUUCAAUCAGAGUCAGUAUCCUCGUAUGGUUAUUGAGGACUUUGCUCCACUUCCUUGCAAAGGCAAUGCUGGCAAAGAUGGAUGGAACCCCCCAGGUCAUGGUGAUGUUUUUCCUUCUUUGAUGAAUAGUGGCAAGCUUGAUGCACUUUUAUCGAAGGGAAAGGAAUAUGUCUUUGUUGCCAACUCAGAUAAUUUGGGCGCUGUGGUUGAUUUGAAAAUCCUAAAUCAUUUGAUCCAGAACAAGAAUGAGUACUGCAUGGAGGUGACACCAAAAACACUAGCUGAUGUUAAAGGUGGCACCCUAAUCUCUUACGACGGAAAAGUACAGCUUUUGGAAAUAGCUCAAGUUCCUGAUCAACAUGUCAAUGAAUUUAAGUCAAUAGAGAAGUUCAAGAUUUUUAACACCAACAACUUAUGGGUGAAUUUAAAUGCUGUUAAAAGACUUGUAGAAGCAGAUGCACUCAAGAUGGAGAUAAUUCCAAACCCCAAGGAAGUAGAUGGGAUUAAAGUUCUUCAACUUGAAACUGCUGCUGGUGCUGCAAUUAGGUUCUUUGAUCAGGCUAUUGGAGCUAAUGUUCCUCGAUCUCGUUUCCUUCCAGUGAAAGCAAGUUCAGAUCUACUUCUUGUCCAGUCUGAUCUUUACACCUUGACUAAUGAUGGCUAUGUCAUCCGCAAUCCAGCCAGGGCUAAUCCUUCUAACCCUUCUAUUGAGUUGGGACCUGAAUUCAAGAAGGUUGCCAGCUUCUUAAGUCGUUUUAAGUCGAUUCCCAGCAUUAUUGAGCUAGAUAGCUUGAAGGUCACUGGUGAUGUAUAUUUUGGAGCUGGCAUUACUCUGAAGGGGAACGUGACUGUCAAUGCUAAAUCUGGAGUGAAGUUAGAAAUUCCAGAUGGAGCUGUGAUUGCAAAUAAGGAUGUCAAUGGUCCUGAGGACAUAUAGGAGAGUUGAGUUACUGGUGUUAAACAACAUAGGAUGUUCCAAAGAAGCAAGGAGUAAUUUUUGGUUGCAGUUUAUAGAGAAUUAUCACAUUAACGAAAAUAAAUGAACAAUUUUGUUUU